CAUGGGCAGAAGUCGUGGCUGGUAGGGCAGAUGUCUGUAGAGAUGGUGGAAGUCUCAGCGAAAGCGGCGGAACCGCUCCGGGCCGCCGGGGUGCUGCAGCAGAACCGGGCCUUCCUGGACUUCUUCUGGGACCUGGCCAAACCGGACCAGGACGUCCGGCUGAAGGCGGUGGAGAGCCUCGUCCAGCACCUGAAAACGGACAACAAGGCUGAUGAGUUGGAGUACACCCUGAAAAGGCUGGUGGACGGCCUGGCACACACACGGGAGGCUGCCAGGCCAGGAUUCAGCCUGGCCCUGGGGCAGGUACUGACUGCCUUUGAGGAUGUUUCCCUGCAGAGUGUCCUCGACAAAAUCAAAGAAAAACACAACUUGGACUCGGUGAAAAAAAAACUCGCCAGGAACGCUAUGUUUGGAAACUUAUUUGGCGUCCUCGCCCUCCAUCAGUCUGGCCGCAUCAGUAAGGAGCCCCAGGUGGUGUUGGGGUGUGUGCAGCUUCUGCAGAGUCUCAGCCAGCACAAGCAGCACCUGAAGGAUCUGCCCAAUAAGACCAUGAUGGACAUCCUCACCGAGAUCCCAGAGGAGGUGUUCCAGGAGGUGCUGCUGAGCGCCCUGCAGACGGACCUGGCCUCGGCCUUCACCACCCCGGAGCAGCUGCAGCUGCUGCUGGUGGCGCUGCAGCGCUUCCCGCAGGCGCUCAAGCCCAAGAGGCUCAAGAAGCUGCUGGGCUCCUCCACCAUCAUCAACGCCGACAACGUCCCCAAGUUGACAGAAGUGUUGAAGAUGGCCGCCCACUCAGCCAAGAAGGAGCUGGUCCUCCCGCCGGUGGCCCUGGACCUGCUCAAGCUCUCUCUGAAGGAAGACAGCUUCCAGCUGUUCUGGAACAAAGCCAUCGUCGAGGGCAUGUUCAAGGAGCCGUCAGGGCCUACUCACUACCUGAGCUUCCGUCUGCUGGGCAGCGCCCUGCCCCUGCUGUCAUUGGCCCAGCUGAAGGAGGUCCUGUCCGGGGAGGUGAUGAUGCACUACGGAGAGCACGUGGUGUCGGCCCAGAAGCCGGGGCGCUUCCGGCUGGCCCCGGAGAUGGAGGCCUACGUGGCGGCGUUCCUGCAGGGCUGCGGGGACCCGGACAGGCAGCUGGCCGUGGCGGUGGGCUUCUCCUCGCUGACCAACCGCGGCUGCCCGGUGGUGCCGUCGGCGUGGCGGGCGGUGCAGCACCUGCAGCCCGCCGCCCUGCGGGCCUACGUGGACUGGCUGAAGGCCAUGUUCCUGCAGCCGCGCAUGGACGAGCUGCUGGACUUCAGCACGCGCAAGCAGAAGGACAAGCCGGAGGGGCGAGAGCGGAAGGAGAACCCGAUGUCCCGCUUCAGGAAGUGGAUCGUCUCCAGACUCUCCUCCAUCAUCGACAACUACCAGCUGAAGAAGCCCGAGGAGCUCAUCAUGGAAACGGCCAGGUUCGUCUUCUUCCACGCUUUCUUCAAGACCAAGAAGGCGUCGCCCAAGAUCCCGGAGACGAACGGACAGCUUUCCGCCCCGGUGGACGAUGUCACCAGAGGGGUGCUGGUCAACUCGUUCUUUGGGCUCCUCAUGUCCAUGCACAACAUGCCGCCGGGCGAGGAGGGGCCGGCCGCCGGUCAGAAGCGGGUGCUGGGGGUCACAGCCGACGGGACCCUGUGGAUCCACCACCUGGUCCGGUACGCCCAGGAGCUGCUGGACCAGCCCAAGCUCGUCCAGAGCAGCCAGCCCCUCAGCGCCGAGCAGCGGCAGGCCUGGGACAGCAUGCUGGAGUCGGUGGCCAACCUGCAGAAGGCGGCGGGCAAAAGCACGAUGGCGGAGAGCAGCGCUUUCCAGCAGCUCUUCAUGCUGGUCGGCCUGCAUCUCUUCAAGGCCCCCGAAGAGCUUCUGGACAUCAUGAAAGACCUGCAGAGCUGUGUGGACAAAGCUCAGCAGAAGAAUGCCAAGAAGAAGAAGAAGAAGAAAGCAGCCGCAGAGCCGGAGGAGGCGGAGCCAGAGUGGGUGGAGGUGAUGGUGGACAUCCUGCUGUCCCUGCUGUCCCAGCAGAGCCGACACAUGCGACAGGUCUGCAGGACGGUCUUCUCCUCCAUCUGCCCCCACGUGACUGCGGCUGCCCUCGCCGCCAUCGUGGAUGUCCUGGACCCGGAUAAGGAGGGCGAGGAGGACAGCGCGCUGGUCGUCACCGACGACACGAACGCCUCGCAGACGAAGAAGAAGCCAAAGCAGGAGGGCGAUGAGGAGCAGGAUGAAGAAAUGGAGGUGGGCCUUUUUCCUUCUCUCCCACUCCGCCUGUCAAACGCUCGGGGCCAACGUUCGACUACAUUCUGUUGGCAGGAGGACGACUCGGACGAAGACUCCGACGAGGACAAAGGAGAUGAAGCCAUGGAGGAGGAUGAUGAAGAUGAUGAAGAGGAAGGCAUGGAGGCAGAAGAAGUGGACCAGAAUUUCCGCUUGCAGCUGAUGAAGGUCCUCCAGAAGCAGAACGCUCUGGCCACUGAGGGGGACGUCAGCAGCGACGAAGACCUGGAUGACGACGCCAUGAUGAAGCUGGAUAAGGGACUGGCAGCGCUCUUCUCCGAGCAGAAGAAGAAGGUCCAGGCCAAAAAGGACGAGAAGGCCAAGAUGCAGCGGGAGAGGGCGCUCGUCCGGGACUUCAAGAUCAAGGUCCUGGACCUGGUUGAGGUGUUUGUGGCCCGGCAGGCGGGCAGCCCCCUGGUGCUCAGCUUAGUGGAGCCUCUGCUCAACAUCAUCGACAGGGGAAUGAGCCCGGGCAGCGGGCAGCAGGAGCAGGACUUCCUCCGCCGGGCGGCGGACAUCUUCAGGAACCAGCUGUGUAGGUCUAAGGUGUACUGCCGGGCCGCCGGCGACAGGCAGGAGGAGCUGCACCAGCUGCUGGACAAGCUGAUGACCAAAACCCACAAGCUGUCCGACUCCUCCGUGUGUCUCUACUACUUCAGCGCCUCCCUGUACGUGGUCAAGGUGCUGCGCGGAGCUCUUCCCGCCGAAGCCAAAGAGGCAGCUGACGACGUACGUUUGAUUCUCGCUCCACGCGUGUCUCCCUCGUCCGGCCGCGGGGGUUGCUGCCUUCAGACCGCCGGACGGGGGCGGGGACGGGCAGAACAGGGGAAAGAACUGAGCUUCAUGGGAAACGUGGACGUGGAGCGGGUGUCCGGCACCUUCAGAGAGGCCCUGGACUCCUUCCUGAGCCGGAGGAAGAGCCCCCUGACCACUCAGAUGUUCACAGACCUGUUCACCAGGUUCCCCGUUCUGUGCGUGAACCUGCUGGAUACAGCUGUGCAGUACAUCACCUCUGCAGUCCGAGAACACCAGCAGGGUCAGGCCUGCGUGCUGGUCCUGCGGGCCAUGCAGAGCCGGGAGGUCCAGCAGCUCCUGAGCGGCGCCCGCUGGACGGCGCUCUGCGAGAAGGUGUCCGGGCAGCUGAGGGCGAGUCUCCGGGUGGAUCAGGCCGACAGCAAGUUGGUGCGGGAGAAGCUGGUGAAGGCCCUGGAGCUCUGCCAGUUCCUGGUCAAACACGUCCGCCAGCAGGAGGUCCUGCAGUCCCUGACCAGCAGCAUCUCUUUCAAGAAGACGGGUCAGCUGGAGGACACCUACUGGGCCGUGAUGAAGCACUUCGGAGUGACGAAGCCCAAAGCGGACAAGGCAAAGCCCGAUGGCCAGAGCGGCCAGGAGCCGGCGCCCAAGAAGAAGAAAGGCUUUCUGCCGGAAUCAAAGAAACGGAAAAGGCGGAACCAGCCCGUCCUGGAGCCAGCGGGUGAAACACCAAGCACCGCAAACCAACCGGGGGCAGUGAAAGCACCGGGCAAAAAGAAACCUGACAAGAAAGCUAAAGGCAAAAGGCCAGCCAAUGGCACGCCGGCCUCACAGCCCAACCCGGCCAAGAAGAGCAAGACACAGGCGGACAGCAAGCCGGCCAAGAAGAAGAAGAAGAAACCCAAGCAGAAGAAGGCAGGAGAUGGGCAAAUGUAA